GUUUAUUUCUCUGACUCCUACCUAUCCUGUCAAACAUUUUACAGCCUAUACAUAGCAUUGAACAGCGAAAACAGCGCACAAAGGUGUCCAGCUUUCUGCAUUCUCAUUCACAUACUGCACCUAUUCGACAAUGUUGGCGACAGCGUCGACCCUCAAAUUGUCCUCCAGAGUAGCGCGGCAUGUGCUUAUUGUUGGUGGUCAGCGACAAGGAGCUAUUCAGGCCGUACGCAGGACGCCUGCUCGUGGCAUACAGUCAGUUGCUCAGACAGAUAGGGAAACUAUCACUCGUCUUCUCUACUCCCUUGGAAGCAAGCGAGAGGUUGAACGUCAUCUGCGCAUCUUUUCGUCGUCGUCGCAUCCCUCACAGCCCGCCAAGUUCGCUGUCAUCAAGGUUGGGGGUGCUGUACUCGAUCAACUAGACGAGUUGGCUCUGAGCCUGAGCUUUUUGUACCGUGUUGGAUUAUAUCCCGUCGUCAUUCACGGAGGUGGACCGCAGCUCAACGAGAUCAUCGAGCGUUCUGGGGUUACGCCUGAAUACAUCGAUGGAAUCCGAGUCACAGAUGCCAAAGUACUUCAAGUUGCUCGCCGUGUUUUCCUAGAGGAGAAUCUCAAAUUGGUCUCAGCUCUUGAAGCCCUAGGCACCCGCGCACGUCCUAUCACCUCAGGCGUUUUCACCGCCGAUUUCCUUGACAAGGAGAAAUAUGGGCUCGUGGGAAAGAUCACAAAAGUCGAUAAGAGGCCGAUAGAGGCUUCUAUCAGGGCGGGUGCACUGCCCAUCCUUACCAGUCUCGCUGAGUCGCCGGAUGGUCAGAUCCUCAACGUCAACGCGGACAUAGCCGCCGGUGAACUGGCAAAGGAGGUCGAACCUAUGAAAAUUGUCUUUUUGAAUGAUAAGGGUGGUCUGUUCCACGGUGUUACAGGAGAGAAACUCUCCGUGAUCAACUUGGAUGAGGAAUACGAGACAUUGAUGAAAGAGCCUUGGGUCAAGUACGGAAUCAAGCUCAAGCUUCGUGAAUUCAAGGAGCUCCUUGACCAUCUCCCACGCUCGUCGUCCGUAGCUGUCAUAUCAGCCUCCUCUCUUCAAAGGGAGCUCUUCACCGAUGAUGGUGCAGGAACCCUUAUUCGUCGUGGUUAUAAACUUUUCAAGCAUUCCUCCAUCGACGGCAUUGGAGCUGACAGGUUCCGUCAAGUGAUUCACGAUCGUGAUCCAGAGGUCCUUUCAGGCGAUCAAAGCGUCACUGGAGUUCUCAGCGAGCUGAAGGAAACACCACACACCAUUUAUGGUGAUGAACCCCUCGACGUCGUCGCAGUUGUCUCUCACCCUGAAGGCGAAACUCCCGUCAUGACCAAGCUCCUUGCUUCGCGAAACGGAAUUUUGAACAACGUCAUAGACAAUGUUUUCAGCGCCAUCAAAAAAGACCACCGACGACUCUUCUGGACCGCACAAGCCGACGAUGAAAAUCGUGCAUGGCAUUUCGAACGUGCGGAUGGAAGCUUCACGCGAGCUGGCAAGAGUCUUUUCUGGUAUGGCGUUCAAGACGUCCAUGAGGUGGAGAAGAUUGUGAAGGAUUUUGAAGCGAAGGGUAGGAUCCAGAGGUCCUACCUUCCUGUUGGUCCCUCUCAGGCUCCUCGAGUAAACGCAGACGCAUCUCCCGCUGGCACUCGUUCAUUCUCCACCUCCGUUAGGCGCAUGGCGCCCGGCUCGGUUCGUGGAUAUGCGACCGCUGCUCCUUCUGCUCCAGUCACAACGGAGAUCAAGCGUCUCGGACUGAUCGGUGCUCGCGGAUUUACUGGACAGGCAUUGACCAACCUGCUAUCGCAGCAUCCUUAUUUAAACCUUACACAUGUCUCCUCGCGCCAGUUGGCUGGAUAUCCCUUGGACGGCUACACCAAAGCUCCUGUUACGUAUACCAACCUCUCUGCUGAUGAUGUAGAACGAAUGGAAAAGGAUGGUGAGGUGGAUGCCUGGGUUAUGGCACUGCCAAACGGUAUCUGUAAACCAUUCGUGGAUGCUGUUGAUCGCGGAUCCAAGGAGAGAAAGACUGGUUCAGAAAGUGUUAUCGUGGAUUUGAGCGCGGAUUAUAGGUUCGAAGACGGGUGGGUUUAUGGACUUCCUGAACUGUAUGGUCGCGACGCGAUCCGAUCCUCCAAGCGGAUAUCAAACCCCGGAUGUUAUGCCACAUCUGUGCAGAUGCUCGUUGCGCCCUUGGUUAGUUAUAUUGAGCCUGGUAUAUGGCCGACCGUAUUUGGUAUCUCUGGGUAUAGCGGGGCGGGGACGGUUACUGCGACGGAUCCCAGUGGGAAACCGAUUAGUUUACCCAAAGUCGAUCCCUCCUCUCUUGGUGGUGGCGUACAUCCGUACUCGUUGACGGAUCACAUCCAUGAACGUGAAGCAGGACGACAUCUGUCCGACUUGGUGUCGUCUCCUAUCAAAGUGGCAUUUAUUCCCACUGUGGCACCGUGGUUCAGCGGCAUUAUUUCGACACUUUCGAUCCCCCUCAAGGAAAUUGUCACCGCUAAGGAGGUUGCAGAUUUAUAUCGUGAGAAGUACGAUGGAGAGAGGCUCGUGAAGAUCCAAUCUCAGGUCCCCACUCUCUCUGAUAUCGAGGGGAAGCACUCUUGGACUGUCGGAGGAUUUCAGGUGCACAGUGAAGGAGAUAGAGCUGUCGUAGUCGGCGGGUUGGAUAACCUUCUCAAGGGUGCAGCAACACAGUGUUUGCAGAAUCUGAACAUUGCACUGGGUUAUGACGAAUACGCGGGCAUCUUAACUAACUGAACGGCAUCUACUUGUUCGAUAGAUCGUUGUCAAAGAAAAAGUAUUCUAGUUCAAGUUUCGCAUGGAAUAAAAAAUUAUUGUCAUGUGAAGAAUGGUUGAACAGUUGAAACCAUGUAUUUAACCAUUGGAAAUCAAAGAAAUCAGGGUGG